GAAGCUGCGAGGAGUGCUAUGAGUGUGGCCGAGCUUGCUAGCUGCCCGUGCCAGGCCUCUGGGGGUUCACCUUCUGAAUGAGAGAUCUGGUGAAUUGAAUGGGAAGCUGGGUGGCUAGGAAACCACAACGUCUGAAUUGAAUCCCCAUAUCAGAAUUGGAUGCGGAUCGGAGACCGUCAGAUGGUAAAAUCAUGAAUGUUGGCGUGGCUCACAGUGAAGUAAAUCCCAACACACGAGUGAUGAACAGCCGAGGCAUCUGGCUGGCCUACAGCAUCUCUGUGGCUGUCCUGCACAUCAUCCUUCUCAGCAUCCCCUUUUUUAGUGUCCCUGUGGUCUGGACCCUGACCAAUGUCAUUCAUAAUCUGGCAAUGUACUGGCUCCUGCACACAGUGAAAGGGACUCCUUUUGAAACGCCAGACCAGGGCAAGGAUCGACUCCUCACGCACUGGGAGCAAAUAGACUACGGUACACAAUGGACGUCUUCUCGCAAGUUCCUCAGCAUCUCACCGAUAGUCCUCUAUAUCCUGACCAGCUUUUAUACCAAAUAUGAUCCUGUGCACUUCAUAAUCAACACCGUCUCCCUGCUGAGUGUCCUCCUGCCCAAGCUCCCCCAGUUCCAUGGCGUCCGCAUCUUUGGUAUCAACAAAUACUAAAGCAACCAGGAUUUGGGGACUGCUAAGAUUUAGCUCUUCCAAGAAUAAAUAGCUCCGGAGCCCAGUGGCCACACCAUCCCAUGCUGUGGGCAGCCAAUGUGUGACUGAGUGGGGCAGGGAAAAUUCUUGCUGCCCACAGAACUGAAAAGUAUUGGACUUUUUUCUUUCUUUUGUGCAAGGAGAUGGAAGCCAUUCUCCCUGUGGCUAGUUUGAAAUGGGUUCCUUUUCUGUUGGGAUGAAAAAAUAGUUGAGCCUUCAGAAGGGUCUGAAAUGUCCUGAUCUUCUCUGCAACACUUCUGCUUGAGCUAUUUGUAAUGGGUAACUGGGAUUAGUUUCUGGAGGCAACUAUUCUGGGUAAAUCUUUCCCUUUGUUUUGAUAUUUGCAGUUUGAACAAGCUUAUGCUGCUAUGUCCCCCCCCCCCACUUCAGCAAGACAGCCUGUGAAAGAGUUCUUAUAAAUGUUAACUGGAUGACCUUAA